AUGUUUUAUACCAUCCCAAUACGUUUUUCCGACCUGUUCCAAUCACAAAUUCAACCUAUCUAUCUAUCUAUCUAUCUAUCUAUCUAUCUAUCUAUCUAUCCCAGCUUGUUCGUAUGUCACUCUCAAUCUGAUUUUAUCUAUCUAUCUAUCUAUCUAUCUAUCUAUCUAUCUAUCUAUCUAUCUAUCUAUCUAUCUAUCUCAACUUGUUCCUAUCUCUUUCUCAAUCUGAUCUUAUCUAUCUUUCUCAGUUUUUUUUCCAAUCAAAAACUCAACCUAUCUAUCUAUCUAUCUAUCUAUCUAUCUAUCUAUCUAUCUAUCUAUCUAUCUAUCCCAGCUUGUCCCUAUGUCUGUAUCAAUCUGAUUCUAUCUAUCUAUCUAUCUAUCUAUCUAUCUAUCUAUCUAUCUAUCUAUCUAUCUAUCUAUCUCAAGUUCUUGUUCCAAUCACAGUCUCAACCUAUCUAUCUAUCUAUCUAUCUAUCUAUCUAUCUAUCUAUCUAUCUAUCUAUCUAUCUAUCUCCGAUUCUUCCUAUCUCAAUCGCAACAUGUUCCUAUCUAUCUAUCUAUCUAUCUAUCUAUCUAUCUAUCUAUCUAUCUAUCUGUAUUUCUCAAUAA